CUUCAACAUUUCACUUGCAACGUACUGAGUUGCGUGCCCAAGCCUCCAUCAUGGAGCAACACGCCAAGAUUGUUAUGGCUCCUCGCAGGCCUGACUCAGACGACAAAAACACAUCCAUCUUCCUCGCAGGAAUAACAACAAGCACCGGCGAGCCUGACUGGCGAGAAACUCUGACAAAAGCCUUGAUGGAUCAACACGUGACUAUUCUCAACCCAAACCGACCAGAUUGGGAUAGUACAUGGAAGGAGGACUUCUCAGACAAGCGGUGGGAGGAGCAGGUUUGGUGGGAGCUUGAUAUGCAAGAGGCUGCAGACAUCAUUGUUUUCUUUUUCCACCCUUCAACUGAGGCCCCAAUCAGUCUUAUGGAGCUAGGGCUGGCUGCCAAGACGAAACCAGAAAGGUCCAUAGUCUGUGCCCUGGAUGGAUAUCGAAAGAAAGGGAAUGUUGAGGCGGUUUGCAAAAGGUUUGGGGCCAAUUUGGUGCACACGGAGACAGACCUACGAGAUACCUUGCUCACUGCCAUAAAGUCAGUGCGUGUUGAGUAACUCUCUUUGUUCUAUUUAAUUAUUUAUUUUAGAACAAGGGGUAUGUUGUAAUUGUUUUACUAUGAAUUACAUACAUAAAGUUGAUGGACCAAAUUAUGAUCAAAACCACUAUUAGC